AUGUCCUAUAAUUCUUCAUCGUCACCGUCUCGAUCGACUCCUCUUCCAACAUCGACGGAAAAUUCUUCUGCUACAUACGAUCCAUUCUUUUCAACAUUCGAUCAAAAUUCAUUUGCUAGCCAUUUUUCAUCGACUGGUGUACCAUAUCCAUUCUAUUCCGAUGCAGCAACAUCGUACUUUUCAAGUCAAGCACGGUCUUAUUCAGAUUAUCUCUGUCAACAAACAGAUCAACCAACGAAUACAAACCCGUCAACAUCAACACCGAUAACAAAUUCAUGGUAUCAACCGUCGCAUUGUGCCGAUCCAAGAUUUGCAAUGUCACGUUUAUUAACUGGACAAACAUCAUCGCAAUAUGAUAUGUAUCAAUCGGCUACAUCUAUGGUUGAUCCAUUAAAAUCUGCCUAUCAUCCGUUUGCAUUUACACCAAAACGUAAACGACGAGUUCUAUUUACUCAACAACAAGUCCUAGAACUUGAGAAACGUUUUGAUAAAAAUCGGUAUUUAAAUGCACAAGAUCGAGAUCAAUUAGCUCAUUCAUUGAGUUUGACAUCAACACAAGUUAAAAUUUGGUUUCAAAAUCAUCGGUAUAAAACAAAAAAAGCCUCGAAAGAAAAACCGGGUACAAAUUGUAGUGACAGUGGUGGUGAUGAACAACAACAACCUCUAAGCAAUCUUCAUCAUCAUCAUCAUCCACAACAGCAACAACAACAACAACAACAACAGCAGCAGCAGCAGCAGAUGCAGCAAAACAUGUUUCAACCUCAAGUACCCAUACCAGGUCAAACACAUCAACGACUUCAUCAUGGUCAUCAUUUACAUCAUCAUUUACUUAAACAUGAACCACGAUAA